AUGGAGGAGGCGCUGCUGUCCACCCCCAUCAACCCCAACAACUUCCCCGCCAAGCUGUGGCGGCUGGUGAACAGCCCUCGGUACCGCUCCAUCCGCUGGGACGGCCGCGGCGAGGGGCUGCUCAUCGACCAGCCGCUCUUCGAGGCCGAGCUGCUCAGCCCGCCCGGCCCGGGUGCCGGGGGCGCGGGGGGAGCCGGGAGCAGCGGCGGGGGUGGCGGCAGCGGCGUCGGGGCGGCCGGGGCCGAGCCCGAGCUCUUCAAAACUACCAACUUCACCAGCUUCAUCCGCCAGCUCAACCUCUACGGCUUCCGCAAGGUGGUGCUAGGUGGGCCGGGGGCGGCGGGGCCCGGGCCCGGGCCUGGGGCUGGCGGGCCGGCGGGCGACGGGCCACUCCACCACUUCCACAGCCCGCACUUCCGCCGCGACCAGCCUCAGCUGCUCGUUCACCUCAAGAGGCUCACCAGUGCCAACAAGGCCAAGCUGGCGGCCGGACUGGAGGUGCCCUGUCGCCCGCCCAACCGCUUCCAGCGGCUCCUCAUCACGUCAGCCUCCGCCUCGGCCUCAGCUUCUACUUCUCCGCUGCAGCAUCAGGACCCGCCACCUCAGCCCGCUGGGCCCCGGCCAGAGCAGCACGGACCAGUGGCUGUAGGACAAUUUCACCGGUCAUUCCGGCGAGAUAAUCUGUCUCCUUACUCCUAUGUAUCAACGUCAUCCCACAACCACAGCACCUUCCCUCUGAAAGGUUUAGAUCGCACCCCGAUUCCUCCUCGAACAUGGCAGAACUCCCUUGGAAUGCACCCUGGACAAGUGGAGACGUCUCCCACUUUUUCAGAUAAAGGGGUUCCAUUUCCUGUACUGCAGAGAUUUCCAACUGAGGUUACUUAUACGCUGCAGCCCAGUGCCACAUCUGUACACGUUCAACAAGGCCCUCAAACAAUGGUCAGCUCCUCCCAAAAAUAUAGUAACUACACACCCUCAGCGCAGUACUCCCAAGCCUACUAUCCAACAGCUGUGCUACAGUGCUGUUCUCCGUCCACCCACAUGGAUGCCCUCAGCAGCUGCGUCACUCCUUCUGCCUCUUCCUAUGCACACUGUAACUACUUCCAGAAUCCUCCAAUGCAAUCUUCCUAUCCAGUUGAAUUUCUGCCUUCUAAUUGGCCUUGCAGUGCUACUGAUGAAAAUAAAAAGACAGAAGUAAAUCUAGAGGCUGUCUUUCAGAUAGUAGAUGAGUUGCAUUCCUCCCCUAAGCUGGAGAUGGUAAAGGUGGAGCCUGUUGAGACUCAGUGUCCGUCAUCUCAGGCUAACAGAGGCCAGCAUGUCUUACCCAAUGCAAACAGCAGCAACCCAUCUUCCACCAGUCAGGCUAGCCAGCUGGAGCCACUCACUCCUGUAGGCUCAGAUAUUACGUCUUUUGUGGUUGGAACAGAACAAGCAAUUACCUGCUCUCUACCACAGUCACCUGAGUACAUCUAUACCAUCCACACAGCUCAACCUUUGGAAAAUAGCACAAUGCAGGAAUCUGCAACCAUCCAACAAACUCAUGUCAAACUGAAGGAGCAGCUAAAUCAUAAUCCAUCUCCGUCUUCAGUAGUAUUUGUGCAGGAAGGGCUACCAUUCGGCACACAACAGGUGGAUAGCAGUAUAAAAUGCCAGACCAAUCCCCCGGAGAAUAUCUUGCCUUCAGAACAAAUGGGAUUCCUUAUUUCAGAAAUGGGGCCUGCUAGCAAGUCUAGUAAAGACACAGGUUUAUCCACUCCAGCCAGAUACAGAGAGCGAAGAAGCAACUCGCAAGGAAAGUCCCCUGAUCUUCAUCUGCUGGUGGACGUGGCCUGUAAGCAGGAGCACUUUCCAAAGGAGGAGGAGUUAAAAGAGUGA